UUAAAGAUUUUUGCGAUUACAAAGAUUAGAGGCGCCUUAAAGAAAAACUUGCUGGAAAAAGAACGAACGAACAGUAUUACAAUAAAUUAAAGCAACUGUAAUUAAUUGAAAACCUAGCCAAUAAUUAAUAUUUACUAUGUCUCAAUCGGUUGACAGCAAGAAAAUCAUUGAAUUUUUAGAACUUGUAGGCCGUCUCAAGCAUGUGAAGAGAACAGGUUGGGUAAUAUGUGAUAUCGACGAAUGUGAAUCUAUAGCUGGCCAUAUGUAUCGAAUGGGUUUGAUGACUUUCCUUCUCACUGAAGAAAAUAAUCCUACUGAUUUAGAUCGUUUGAAGUGCCUACAAAUCGCUUUGAUCCAUGAUUUAGCAGAAUGCAUAGUCGGUGAUCUCACACCCCAUUGUGGUGUGACUCCAGAAGAAAAACAUCGCAGAGAAAAUGAGGCUAUGAAAAAAAUAGCAGAACUCACUGGCAUAGCUGGUGAUAGGAUGUAUGAUCUUUAUCAGGAGUAUGAAAAACAAAGCUCACCAGAAGCAGUAUUCGCAAAAGACUUGGAUAGGUAUGAUAUGAUACUACAAGCAUUUGAAUAUGAGAAACGUGAGAACAAACCAAGAAAGCUACAGGAAUUUUUCACAGCUACUGAAGGGAAAUUCCAACAUCCAUUUAUUCAAAACUUAGUCAAAGAGUUGUAUAGUCAGAGAGAUGACUUUGAAAAAAAUAGAUUAUUGAACGGUAAUGCAUAGUUCUUAGUAGAAUACAUGUCAUAUUAAAGAAUAAUGCUUUAAAAAUAUACUGAAUGAUUUUUAAAUAAUUGAGGUAAUUAUAAUGUAUGUAAUACACACAAAAUAACCAAUUAUUUUUCAUAAGUUAAUUGUACUGUUACUUUCUGUUAAAUAUUUUGUUAUUUAAUAACUUAAACUAUUACAAUUCGAAUGACAUAGUUGUAGGAAAAUAAAAGUUUAGUUGAAUGCCUGAUUACUGUGAAAGAUAUUUAC